GUAGUUCUGGUGUUGCAGCAACGGUUGGCAAAGUCUGGAGUUAUGCAGGCUGAAAAGCAGAUGAUUUUCCGAUGUAAUGGGAGGAUUUUCCUGGCUCUUUGCAUAAUCCUCUUUAUGGGAUGCACAACACAAGGGGCUCCUGUUCAGAUGGGCAGAUACAUGUGGGUCAGAUGCAGACCUGAUGGCCUUUCUUCAAAUUGUCUUGAAGAACAAGGUCAACGGUUUGUAAUUCCUGAUGGAGCAGCGAACAUGAUUCUUCCUCCCAUGGCUGAUCCAACGCUGAUGAAGAAAUUUCAAGACCAUCCUGAUACCUUUGCGCUUUCUGAAGACAACGAUGGAUCAGGAAAUGAAAUUGAAUCAGAGUCUGGGUCAGGCAUUGAUGAUAACGUCGAUGGCUUCCUCGUUCCUGAUUUCGUUUUUCACCAACCAGACAGAGACCUGAAGCUCAGAUUAACAGAUGAAGACUUAUUCUUGCAAAAUCAGAGGCUGUGAUUUCCACCAUAGCCAAUUGCCUUCUUCUUUUCUCUAAGCCUUUUAUAACUAGAUUACACUCAGAAGAAACAUUGUGUAACUCCCACCCCCCAAACUACAGACCCAGCUAUAAAUGCCUUAAAAUAUUUAGUGCUUUUCUUUGACCUAUUGAACUCAAGUUUUUCCUUUUAAAAGGUCUCUUUGGUUAUGAGGUCAUCAAACUGUUUUUAAAAGUCAGAUAUUUACUAAAUGAGGAAAGAGUACCACAAAUUUUUAAAAAGUAAGCAACAACAGUGGAAUAUCAAUGGAAUGCCUGUCAAACUCUUUAAAUAUUUUCUUUCAUUUACUUCUUAACUCCGGAGCAGCUCCCCUUCCCCCCAUCCUAUAAGCAAGUCAGGGAGAGUAAAUCCCACAAUUUUGGAGUAUUUUGGGCUGCACUUCAAGAAUCUAGAGCUCUGCAUUCCCUGCAUUUUAGGGUCUCACCACACGAGACAAAAUACACUCGAAUUACACAGGUAAUUUGAGUGUAUUUUGUAAUUCGAGUGUAUUUGAAUGUAAUUCGAGUGUAAUUCAAGUAUAUUUUGACCCUAUGUGGGCAGUCCUUGUAUGAGGCCAUCUUACGCAGCAACCUAAUUGACAUGGAAGGUGUAGCAUAAUAAUCCUGAAUAUAAGGAGAAAAUGAACAUUAAUGCAAACAUUUCAGACGUUCAUUUUCUCCUUAUAUUCAGGAUUAUUAUGCUACACCUUCCAUGUCAAUUAGGUUGCUGCAUAAGACUUCAGGUAACAAAACUUCAGGUAACAAAAUACCUGAAGUUGCUCCCAUUUGGAGCUUAUUUUGAAUUUGGAGGAGCUGCGUACAUUAAAUGUCCAAACCUUUGGUUCUAUUUCAGCUGUAUCCUAACAUGAUCUUGGGUUUGCUGACACACACAUCUUGACCAAUUUGUCUACCUUGAAAUCAGAUAUACUUGUUUUACAGCACUUAAGUAUCUUAAGGAGCUUCCCCUCGUUAUGUGCAUUUUUAAACUUAUAAUUCUAAUAAAUCUAGGUGCAACUAAA